AGAGAAACAAUCCUGACGAGGAACAGCAUUCGUAGAGGGAGAGGGAGAGAGAAAGAGGUGAACGGAAUGAGCGUGAAGAGUAGUGCGGUUACAAUGCGGGGAUAGAAGAGAAGAGAAGCGCAAAGGAUCCGAAGUUUGCAGGGCGGUGUGGACACAGCGAGAAAGACAGACAGACAGAGGAGAUAACCGACAGUGAAGCCUACACACAGCCUGAAAGGACGUGAGAUGGAGGACCUGGGCGAGAUGGACUGCCCGGUGGUGAAGCGGUUCUUAAAGGACGACAACGCCAAGUGCCUGCUUCUGGACUGCCGCUCCUUCCUCGCCUUCAACGCGGGGCACAUCCGCGGUGCCGUCAACGCCCGCUGCUACACCAUCGUCCGCCGCAGGGCCAAGGGCACCGUGCUCAGCCUGGACCAGAUACUGGCCGGGGACGAGGAGGUCCGUAGCCGCCUCCGUUCCGGGAUGUACUCCGCCGUGGUGCUAUACGACGAGAGAACGCCGGACUCCGAGACGGUGAAGGAGGACAGCACACUGACUCUAGUGCUCAACGCCGUGUGCAGUUACUCCUCCGGCACACAAAUAUACUUGCUCAAAGGUGGAUACGACAGGUUUUUCUCAGAAUACCCAGAGUUUUGUAUAAAAACCAAAUCCCUACCGACUCUCACCAGCCAGUCCAGCGUUGACUCUGCCUGCUCGUCUUGUGGGACGCCACACCACGAACAGGGCGGCCCAGUUGAGAUCCUCCCGUUCCUCUACCUUGGCAGCGCCCUCCACGCCUCAAAGAAAGAGGUUUUGGACGGCAUAGGAAUCUCCGCCUUGCUGAACGUGUCUGCCGACUGUCCCAACCACUUCGAGGGGGCGUACCAGUACAAAUGUAUACCCGUUGAAGACAACCAUAAAGAAGACAUCAGCUGCUGGUUCCUGGAGGCUAUUGAAUUCAUAGAUUCAGUACGGGACUCCAGUGGGCGAGUGCUGGUCCAUUGUAAAGCAGGCAUCUCUCGCUCCGCCACCAUCUGCCUGGCCUACCUGAUGAAGAGGAAGCGAGUGCGUCUGGACGAAGCCUUCGAGUUUGUUCGCCGGCGUCGCAGCAUCAUCUCCCCCAAUUUCAGCUUCAUGGGCCAGCUGCUGCAGUUCGAGUCGCAGCUCCUCGCCACCUCGUGGGUUGCAGAAGCGGCCUCCACAGCGAGCCCGCUGCUUGGGCCCAAGUCCUCCACGACGACCACCACGUCGACGACAGCCACGGCCACCUCUCCGUUCAUUUUCAACUUCCCAGUUUCUGUGGUGAACCCCGCCUACCUGCACCACAGCCCGCUCGCGGCCUCCCCCGGCUGCUGAUGGAUCGCCAAACACAGCCUUGCCCAUGGUAACCAACUCAGAAAAGACUGGGCUGCCAUUGGCUGGAAGAGCUGUCAGUGGCAGUAUGUACACAUGCUUCCAGGGCGGGAAGGUGAGAAGCGUCACGGUGCCUGAUUCAAAACUCAUAGACUGAAAAAAAGCCAACGCUCCUUCCAUUUUUAACACAAGAUUUUUUUUCAGAUUGACCAAAAAUGAACUGGCUUUCAAAACUUGUUUCAGUUUGGAGUUUGGAUGGAGUGUUGGACUGACGUUUUCUGAAGAUAAACCGUCAAUACAUAUGUCACAAACAAAAACAACAACAGGCACAAGGGCACACUGACACAAACAUUGGCACAGAGAGACAUUAGCAGCAGCAAACUCUCUCUCUCUGUCUCAUUCACACACACACACACACACACACACACACACACACACACACACACACACAUUCAUGACUACCAACUGAAUAAGCUCAGUAUGAAGUCAGGGUCUGUUGCUAUGGAGACAACAGGUCUUUAGGACAGGAGAUGGACACAGGAAGGAAGGAGGAAUUUUAAGCACCCGCUCUUUCCCCUUUUUGGGUGUCCCUCCUGUUGCCAGACAAAAGAGAUGGAUGGAAAAAGAGGGGAGGAGACAGUGAUAGAAAGCAGGAGCCUCUUCCGUGACAGGUGCUCUGACCGGAGCUUCCUGUCUUUCAUACGUCCUCUUCCUCUCUGUGUCUCUCCCCCACACCUUCCUCUCCUCUCAUCUCCUUUUCAUCCUUUUAUAUUCCUUCCCUCCUCCUCCUCUUCCUCCUCUCAUCUCUGCCUCUCAUCUUCAUCCCGUGCAACCCCUCUCCUCUGCUCCUUAUCUCCUCACUGAACAGGCUAAAUGAAUAAAAUAAGAUGCCAAAUAAAGGCCAGGCCCCUUAAAAAGUGGACUGGGAAACCCCACUGCAGGCCCCUAACACACACUGUAGGAAACCCAUUCUGCUACAUCAGAAAAACAGUUGUUUUGGAUGAAAGGGCUGCAAGGAAAAGCUGUCAGAGAAUGACGUCGCCACAAAAUGUUUUUUUAAUUAAAUGUCGAACGUAACUUUCCUUUUAGAUCAGAGGGCAAAAUUUGGAGCACAGUGGCUCUGGAAGACAACCACUUAAAGUACCAUUCUAAUGGUUUUUUAUGUUUGAACCCGUUACAAAUAAUUUUAUUCUUUACUAAUAGCCAUUUUCCAAAACUUGCAUACCUUUUUAAGGCAUCUGUUUCACUUCUUUUCUGCAAGUUUAAUUUAAUAGCAAAUGAACUAAAAACAUUGGCUCCAAUAGAAGGCUUUGGAAAAUCGUAUUUUUUUUAGUUAAUGGGUUAAAAUCUGCAUCACCAGUGAAUGGUCCUUCAAGAUUUUUGUGCCUUGUUUAUAAAGGUAUCCCGUGGAUUUAAGCAUGCUUCUAGAAAGCCUAUUGCUGAAUGUUAAUCCCAGCAUUUCACCAGUACAGACUCUUAUUCCACAAGCUUCUCUUUCCAUUUCUCACACUCGCAGAUGGACACAACAAAUAACACAAAAAUAUACAUAUAAAGCAGUGUGUGAACGGAUUUCCCAAGCUACGAAGACAAUCUACCUAAACCAUGAAAAGUAAAAUUAUGAGAAUUAGGCAAAAAUUGCAUUUUUAAGGUGUGCUUGAAAACCUUAAUAUGAGCAAAUUUGAGAUAAAUAAGAAAACAAUUACUUAUUGAUUUCACUUUUUGAAUCCAUACUGAAAAAAAUGAGUGAUUUGAGGUAAAAGAGAAGAUAGCUUUGGGCUUUGAGACCAUCAUUCAAUAAUAGGAAGUUGUCCUUAUAAUUCAGUUGAUUCUCUGUUUUUAAAGGUUGUCCACAGCAAUACUGUACUUACAAUCCACUCAAGGACAAUAACAAUAGCAGUGACUAUCUAGGGCUUCACACCCAAACAUCAUGUCAAAUUUUCAUAAUGUCACAAUUUUGAGACGGUGUUUGUAUUGCUUCUGCUUUUGACCAGGCUAAGCUUUACACUCUGGGCUAGACGUCCAAAGGCACAAAGUCCAACCAUGGUUGCUUCUCUACCCAGGUUCUGAUGUACUCACGACGCACACACACGCAGGGUUUCAAAGAAAACAAACCUUUUUUUUAUGUUUUUUUUUAAGAUUGUCGCAACCUAACUCUGUAGCACUUUGAAGUGAUGCAAUACUGUAUUUAUAAUUUAUGAUUGAUUUGCACAUCAUGGUGAUGGUGGACUGACUAGACUGCAUAAAGACAUUUUGUCCAUGUAGAGAGAGAGAGAGAGAGAGAGAGAGAAAAAAAGGAGCCAAUUAGUGGAAAACGCAAUACUUUGUACUUGUGGUAAUUGUCUGUCUGUCAGUCUGACCUGUCUGCCUCUCGGUGUUAGUUCAUCUGUCUAGACCAUAGAAAUAAAAUGGUCUAUACUGUCUCUCUGUCUGAUCAAUGCUGUUUACCCAUCAUGACAAUAUCAAUCCUCCAUUUGGACAUUUAUAUA